GCUAGGCAGGAAAUAAGGCGGGGCUUUGGGUGGAAUUUGGUACCCUAAGACUGCUGCGACCCGGACUAACCAACCCACUUCGAGAAGAUGCCUACAGGUCUAGGAUCACCACUUGCCACCAUCUUUGUCCUCCUCUUACUGACUGCAGUCAGCCUGGGCCCUGGGUGCCAGGCUCUGUUGUGGCACAAGAGUCCACCUUCCAUGACCGUGAGCACUGGGGACGAGGCUCGACUCUUAUGCCUGCACAAAAAUGCCAGCAACUUCAAUGUCACGUGGUGGCACAUUCUCCAGAGCAACCAAUCGUGGCCCCCUAUAUUCUUGGGUCUGGGCCGAGGUGCCCAGGGCGAGUGGGUCAUCUCGAAGGUGAACAAGUCCCACGGGGGCAUAUACCAGUGCCAGGUGCAAGACAAGGAAACACCAAGACAUUCCUGUGGCACCUACCUCCGUGUGCGUGAGCCACCCCCCAGAUCCUUCCUGGAAAUGGGCGAGGGCACCAAAAACCGCAUCAUCACAGCCGAAGGGAUUAUACUGCUGUUCUGUGCCGUGGUGCCUGGGACGCUGCUGUUAUUCAGGAAGCGGUGGCAGAAUGAGAAAUUUGAGGCCGAUGUUCGGGAUGACUAUGAGGAUGAAAACCUUUAUGAGGGCCUGAACCUGGAUGACUGCUCCAUGUAUGAGGAUAUCUCCAGGGGACUCCAGGGCACCUACCAAGAUGUGGGCAGCCUCCAUAUUGGGGAUGUCCAGCUGGAAAAGCCGUGACCACCACCACCACCACCACCCUCUCAGCCUGCCCCUGGCUGUUGCGUGCCCAGCUCCAAGUCUGUCCUCUAUGCCUGUCUGGGGAAAUUCUCUUGUUUUUUUUCUCCACUUAGCUAGCUUCCCUCUGCACUGUCCCCCCCCCCCAAACUACCCCUCCCCUGGCUGCCUUUCCCAGGCUGUCUCCCCAGUGGGUAAUGAGCCCUUAAUCGCUGGGGAGGGAGCCCUUAAGAAGGCUGAUUGUUGCAGCCUCGUUAGUAUAUCCCCCCCACCCCCCCAGCCCUGUCAUGGCCACUUAACAGUAAUAAAUCCUCUCCAACAGCA